UUAAUCAGCACCUUGAGGUGGCUCGUCACGGACUACAGCAAACAAAAAAAUAAAGAUAAAAAAGAAAUAAACAUGGAAAAAACAAAGACUGGCGUAGAUUUAAGAAAGGUUCUGGCAACGGAAGAUGAAAAUGUCUAUGUAAAGGUAGAAGGUGACACGAAGACUGGAGUAGAUCUGGACAAGAUAUUAGUGGAAGAGAUUGGACAGUUCGGGUGGUUCCAGGUCAGGACCAUCGUCUUGGCUGCGCUGGUCGUUAUCUUCAGUGGGAUAGCGUCCAGCGAAUACGUGUUUACGACGGGGAGGAUUAACACGAGAUGCCUCAUCCCCGAAUGCGAAUCCUCCGACCAACCGGCAGAAUUCUCUCCCUCAUGGAUCCUGAACGCCGUCCCAGCAUCCGGCAGCUCGUUCGACGCCUGCCAACGCUUCGCCAACGUCUCUGCUGGCAGUGGCAGCUCUGCUACAUGCCCUGCUAACCUGUUCGACAGAGAUACCCUCGUCAAUUGUGAGGAAUACGUCUACCAGAACACUGAUACGAUUGUGUAUGAUUUCGGACUGGCGUGUCAGGAAUGGAUGCGCUCCUUCAUUGGCUCUGCGCACACAUUCGGUACACUCACCGCUCUACCUAUCACAGGUUUCGUAUCAGACCGAUGGGGCCGUCGUACAGCUCUAGCCCUGAACGCCAUCAGCCGCGCUCUCUUCGGGCUGGUCCGCUCCUGGGUCAACUCCUACGUGCCCUUCACUCUUCUCCAGUUCCUUGAAGCUACUUUUGGUUCUGGAGUAUUCUCCUGCGCUUACAUUCUAGUAAUGGAGCUGCUGGGCCCACGACUACGCGUAGCAGGAGGCGCUGCCAUGAACACCUUUUUCUGCAUCGGAAACAUCUGCUGUGGCCUCCUCGCCUGGGCCGUGAACGACUGGCGGCGGCUCACGCAAGUCAUCUACAGCCCCAUGUUCAUCACCAUUUUCUACUUCUGGGUCAUCCCAGAAUCCGUCCGCUGGUACAUGAGCAAAGGUAGAUAUGAGGAAUCUGAAGCUGUGCUUAAAACAGCCGCGCAUGUCAACGGAGGGCGCUUAUCUGACAAAUCUUUACAAGUCUUGAGAGAAUCUGCUGAAGAAGAGAAGAGAAAGAAAGCUUCGGAAGAACUUGAGAAGGCUAAUGAGCCUUGGUUAAUAGUCCAAGUGUUCAGACAUAAGCACAUCUUAAUCCGCUGCAUAGUAUCACCUGUUUGGUGGGUCACCAAUACCUUUAUAUACUACGGUCUGUCAAUCAAUGCAGUGAACAUGUCAGGGAAUCGUUACCUGAACUACGUGGCGGUGGCCGCCGUGGAGAUCCCUGGAUACUGGACGUCGAUGUUUCUGAUGGGGAAGAUCGGGAGAAGGCCGGUGCUGAUCGGGGCGUUUUGGGUGUGUGCCGCUUGCCAGGCGGCUUAUGUAUUCAUGCCGGAUCGUUACUUCGGACUGUCUCUCACAGUGUAUCUGAUCGGAAAGUACGCCAUCGCGAUGGUGAUGACAGCGGUAUACGUGUACACCGCUGAACUGUACCCAACCAAGUAUCGUCAUAGUCUGUUCGCUUUCUCCUCUAUGAUAGGCAGGAUCGGCUCCAUCUUGGCACCUCUCACUCCAGCCAUGGCUGACUCCACAUUCGACGAGUUCCCAUUUGUGCUAUUCGGCUGCUUCGCUCUCGUGUCCGGGGCGCUGGUCUUCGUCACCCCGGAGACGCUCGGCACCGCCCUCCCGGACACCAUGGACGAGGCCGAUAACAUCGGAAAAAAACAACCUGAAUAGAGUCCGACUAAGCUAAUUCUGCACUAGGGGGCUAACUACGAUGACAAUCGUUCAUCGGCAAACGCCGUUUGAUAGAAAAUAGUUAUCGGGAUGACAGAUGCAACUAAAUUUACGUGAUCUUUUUCAUACAUUUUCGAUUGGCGUUUUCUAUCAACCAUUGUCACCCAGACCUUUGAAUGCCAAAUACUAAAAUGAUCGUUCGAUUCGCUAGUAUUGCGAACGUGGGGACGACGCUAAAAUUACAGUUCCAUUGCCCCGAUUUGACUAACCAAUCUUUUUUUUUAUGGUAGAGGAGGCAAACGAGCAGACGGAUCACCUGAUGGUAAGCGAUUACCGCCGCCCAUGAACACCUGCAACACCAGAGGGUUUGUAAGUGCGUUGCCGGCCUGUAAGAUGGGAGUACGCUCUUUUGUUGAAGGUCAAAAAAAAAUAAUCUCAAAAUCUGGGUCGGUUAAAAAGGAUGAUAGCGCGUAAAGUACGGUCAGUACGGAUGCUACUCGUAAGCACGAACAGUUUAAGGGGCCCGCCUGUUCCUAUCUGCCUCACACACACGUAAUUAUAUUGCUGUCUCGCCCAUGAUUGAUUAGUCAAAUCGGGGCAAUGAAACUGUGAUUUUAGCAUCGGUGUAUAAAACAUGGUUUAUUUAAGAUUUUCAGUGAUCUUUAGUUAAGCGUUGUGUUGUUAUGAAUUAUGUAUUGACUAAUAUUACUUUAGUAUUAUUGUUUAUUACAAAUAUUUUAAUAAUUAGACAUGAGCCCAUUUAUGGGAUUUUAUAAUAAAAUAUAUGUUAUGUUAUGUGUCUUUUUAUUCACGACCACACUAAGUAGCUUACAGAGAUCCUUCAAUCCAUAGAGACCGUGCGUGUUAGUGGGUCUGCCAUCUCGUGACAUGAAUCGAAGGCGAAGCCGAUUCACGCUUCUAAGGAGCUCUAUUUCGCAUAGUAGGGUCUGCCAUCUAUUGGCUUAAAUCUAAAAUGGAAACUUGACAUAAUGCUUCGCGCCAAUGAAUAGGGUGCUUCUGUGCUGCUGUCUACAGUUCAUGCACGCUCCCUAUAGUAUACAUUUUCAUACGAAGAAACUUAAUUAGGAGGAGGUAGAAUCUUUUUUAUAUAUUUUUAUUUUAUUUGUUAGCCUAUUGUAUCCUACUGCUGGGUAAAGGCUUCUCCCUUUUUUCUUCAACGCAUUAACAAUCUUACGCGUUUUACUUAAACGAAAACGAAGUGCCUGGGUAACAAAAUUGACAAGUCUUAAAAACUCAACUAGGGAACAAAUAUCUUUUUAUAUAUAUUUAUUGAUUAGUGUCUUUUAAGUAGGCA